ACAAUAAAACAAAGACGGAGAAAUUCUCGCACAAGUUUUCUCUCUUGACUCGGUCGACCACACCAACCAACCCCAAACUCUCUCUCUCUCUCUCUCUCUCUUCCAAUCCAAUUCGCUUUACCAACAAGAGGAAGGAACCUCCUCCUGCCUUGUUUCAAAUCAUUUCGCGGCUGAGGGUUCGGCUUUGGCUUCUCACGGUUCUUCGUGGGUGUGAGAGAAAAGGGUUUCGUUGAUUUGAUUCGAUCUCACAGGAUCAACAAGUCUUCAUCUUCUUUCGUCUUUUUUUUUUUUUUUUUUUUUUAAAAUUAGGUUUCGAAUUAUCUGGAAAACCCUAAGUCUCUACACAGAAAAGAAAACAAUUUAUUGAUUCGUUCAUUCAUGUGUGACCACCGCCAAUUCGUUGUUAAUACGUCUCAUCUUAGCGUUUUCAGUUUCGUAUCGUUGUAGGUUUCUUAGGGUUCGUUUAACUUUCUAAUCUAGAAAGAAACAAAAGGAAGCUCAGAUCAUUUUGGGUGACUAGUAUUUUUUUGUUGUCAUCUCAAAUCAAAUCAAAGAGUCCAGCUUCUUCCCUUUCUCUUCUUAUUCUCUCUUUAUCAUUUACAGAUCACCAAAAAAGAUAGCUUUUUUUUUUCCGGAUCUGAUCUUGGGGUUUCACUUUUUAGGGAUUCUUUUUUAGGUUAAGUGUGUGUAUUAGUAGGAGAUAUGGCGUUGAAUUUUUCACAGAGAAACUUUUCUCCCCAUUUAUCCGAGGAACCGAUGAAGAUAGCCAAUGGGUAUCUCGUUGAGGGAGUUUCCGACAGGAAAGAUGAUGUUUUUUCCCAUCCUUGGUGUUCAAGUCUUGCUAAAGGUGAUUCAGCAGCUUCUUCUGUUGAUAUACUUGAUCUUCUGCCUUCUGAUCCCUUUGGCAUGGAUAUCAACAAUACUUUCACUGCGAUCACUGGAUGGCUUCAGGAUUUGGAGGUUGAUUAUGAGAGAGAUGAGUGUGGGAUUGGCGAUGGGAACCACCACCACCACCAGCUCUUUGCUGGGUUGAGUUUCAUUUGGAACAAUGCAAUGCGGUUUCAGGAGUUCCCGGAGAGUAGUAAUGUGUGGGGGUCGUUGAACGGGUUUGGUGAUGGAUCUUGUCAUGGUGCUUUCGUGUCUCCUGGUAGUUUGGAUCAAGUGUUGGAUGUGAGGAAUGGUGGCGAAGUUGCAGAGAGCAGUGGUUGCUGCACCAAUGAUGGAGGAGAGAACGCAAACGUUGUUCAUCACGCGUUUGGUUUUUGUCUUUAUCACUUGGGGGUGAAGGAUCUUCUUUCAGUUAGUAUGGUUUGCAAGUCGCUGCACACGACUGUCUCUGAUGACUCGCUGCUGUGGAGACAUAUCCACAUUUCUCAACCGUUGAAUGAGAAGAUCACUGAUGAGGCUCUUCUGCAGUUAACAGACCGUGCUCAGGGCACUAUGCAGUGUCUGAGGCUCGUAGAUUGCUCGAGAAUUACAGAAGAUUGUCUUAAGCAGGUGUUGGAGCGCAACCCACAAGUAGUUAAGCUUGGCGUGCCUGGAUGCAUAAGGAUCACAAUCGAUGGUGUUUUGAGCAUCUUGAGAGAUCUGAAGUCUGCGGGAAAGCUUCAGGUGAAGCACUUGGAGAUCGGUGGCCUCUUUGGAGUGACUAAAGAUCACUAUGAGGAAUUGUUUGGUUUGCUAGACAUAGAAACUAAUGUGGAGCGGUCCACACAGAAGCCACGUUUUUACCAUAGAGGAUACUCAUGUUUAUCCUGCGAUGAUAACGAGGGGAUAGAUAUUGAGAUGUGCCCAAAAUGUGAGAACUCGAGGCUUGUGUAUGACUGUCCAGCGGAAGAUUGUAAAGGGAAGAAGGAAUGUCGUGCUUGUUCUCUUUGCAUACAGAGGUGUUUUCAGUGUGGUCGGUGCAUCAAUGACAGUGAGUAUGAGGAAACCUUUUGUCUGGAGUUCUUGUGCGCUGAUUGUUCCAAGCCGUCCUCUGAGUUACCUCUCUAGGUAGAAAAAUUCAGUCUGAGCCGUUCUUUUCAUUCUGAAAUUGAAUGGCUCAGUUCUUCGUGGGUAAGGUGUAGGUGCCAUAGUAUCGUGUAUAUAUAUUAGUAUGGCUUUAUUUGGGGUUUGGAGAAGUCAGAAAAAAAGGGAAAAAAAGAAAGAAUCAUCGAAUAGUUUUUGUGGAUGAAGACUACACAAGGAGUCUGUAAUGGGUGGUAAUCCGCUUUUAGUUCUGAGAAACAGAUUAUGAAGCUUUAGGUGGUGGUAUCCUGCUGUCUUGACUGAGAAUUGCAUGAUGGGUUAUUUGUUUUGAGAAAGUCAACGAGAAAAAGGAAAGGAAAGACUGUGUAAAAGAAAAAUUCCGAGUGGUAGAGUAGUGUGUUUUGUAGCAUCUGUCAGCUGCUUUGGUUGUUGAGUUUGGAGGGUAAAGAAUAUGAGUUUUUAGCGCAUCUGAAGCCAUCAAAGGAGACCAUAAUAUUGGUAAAAGAAUAGAUGGAGAUGCUUUGUGUGAGUUAAAGCAUGGAGACUGAGACUACAUUAAACUCCACUCCAUGUUGAUCAAGGUGUGCCACUUUGGUGAAAUCGUUACUCGGAUGGAGAUGGACUUUAACUAUCUAGGAACUUCUUUAUUAAAAUAAAUUAUAUGUUAUAUCUUUUGUUGAAUAAUUGUCAUAAAAUAAAGAUUUCCCUGGGCUUUAGACUUCCAUUAAAAAUAAUAAAAAUAAAAGUUGUAACUUUGAAUU